UUUGUGGCCAUAUUUUUUUUUUUUUUUUUUUGGUGCCUCUACUUUCUCCAGCUCAUCUGUGUCCUUUCUCCCUGCAGACAAUAGGAGGAAACAACUCAUGUCCUAGCACCGCUUCCUCCGUCAGGUUAUGUGACUUGUUGGAUGCAUUUGAGCUGAAAGGGGGAAGAGUCACCAGGACAAUCGGUCCACAGCGUAUGGGGUGUUUGGAGAAGGGCUAAAGCACUGGAGCUGCGCAGCAAAUACCCCCCCAGCAGAGCUGCCUCUGAGGACAGGAAGGAGGAUGUUGGUAUGAACUGGUGAAAAUCCAUUGCCAGACAAAGCCAUACCUGGUGAUUAUUCCAGACCACUUGAAGCCCUAGAAACCCUCCAAACUUUUGGAACAAAAUAUCAUCAGAGAGACGCUAUGUCGAGGCUCUGGAUUGUGGUCCUUGUUCUGCUGUGGAUUCCAGUCAUGGCCAUCACACAGCUCCCAGGCAAUGCCCAGUGCCCUGUGAACUGCUCCUGCUUCUUCUCCCAGUGGUUUGUCCGGUGCCCCAAUGCCAGCUUAUCCUCUCUUCCCCCUGGUAUUCCCAAUGCCACCGUGGAGCUCGACCUACAGCACAACCAGUUCAGCACCCUCUCAGCAGGCUUCUUCCCAGAGCUGGCUGAGAUCAGCAGCAUUUAUCUUGGCAGCAGUGGCAUCCACCGGAUUGAGCCUGGGGCUUUUCAGGGGGUCAAGAAUCUGUACCAUCUCCACCUGGACAACAACCUCCUGGAGCAGGUCCCAGAGGGUGUCUUUGAGAAUCUGACAAAUCUGAUCUUCCUGCACCUGGAGCACAACCAGAUUGCUCACCUCCCGCCAGGUGGGUUCUCUUCCCUGAAGCAGCUCAGUGUCCUGGAUCUGAGUAACAACCUGCUGCUGGAGCUCUCCGAACAAGCCCUUCAUGGCCUCCCGCGGCUGCGUCGGCUCUACCUGAGCGCGAACCAUAUUACCAAUGUGUCCAGCAAAGCCCUCCCAGGCAGCCUGCGGGCCCUCAGCCUAGACGGGAACCAGCUGGCGAGCGUGCCCGCAGCCAUCCGCACCUCUUCCACGCUCUCCACUCUGCAGCUGAGUGGUAACCCCAUCCGGAAGCUGACAUCUCUCUCCUUUGGGAGGAGGCUUCGCUCCCUAAGGCAGCUGUUCCUGGACAGCCUGGCCCUGGAGAAGAUCACCUCCUUGGCUUUCACCAGGCUCCGCUGGCUGGAGCUGCUGAGCCUGAGGAACAACAGCCUGGAGUCGCUCCCGCCUCUGUCCUCCCUGAGGUCGCUCUCCACUCUGUAUCUGACUGGGAACAACUGGCGCUGCGACUGCAACCUGAUCUGGCUCCGCACCUGGCAGAAGAAGGUGCUCCGGAAAGAACGCAGCCCCGUGGAAUGCAGCUCCCCGGGGACGCUACAGGGACAGCUGCUGGUGGACAUAGAGUUACAGAAGCUGACUUGCCCACCUUUUGGGACGGACUCCACCACCCUCAGCCCCUCUGAGAACAUGAAUACACUGACGGCCAUUGCUCUGUCCAGAGACAUACCUCUCCCACGGGCUGCUACCACAGCUAUCACCACGACCUCCACUGCCCUGACCACCACAAGGAGGCUCCCCAGCUCCACCAUGCACUCAGCUACCUCCCUUCACCGUGUGCUGGAUAGGUGGGACCCAUGCUUGGCCGACCACAUCAGCAGCGUCAGCAUCAGGACGAAGGGCGACACUUCCCUGGUGGUAGCCUGGGCUUUCUCCGGUGACCACGACCAAUUUGAGGUGCGGUACACGGCUGGCCAGGAUGAGCAGGUGCUGCGGGUGGCGGGAGGGUUGGCCGAGGUGACACUCCACGAUCUCCACGCAGGGACUGAGUACAGAGUCUGCGUCAUCCCCCAGAAUGAGAAUCUGCUGGAGUGCCAGGCCCCUGCCGCCCGGCAGUGCAAAGCAGAGCGCACUGCCGGCCUUCCUAGUGAUGCACAGCCCGUGCACGCCCCGCUUGGCCACAGCCACUCGGCCGUGGGCUUCGGUGUUGCUGUCGCUCUCCUAGCACUCGCAGCACUGGCCCUGGCCGUCACCUAUAGGCUGCGGACGCGGCCGAUCCAAUUCCAGCGCUACUAUGAUGAAGAUGGGUCACCCCGUCAUCGCAGGAGCAGCAACCAAGCCAAGAUGACCACAGACCCAGUUGACGAGAGCAUGGAGGAUGAGGACUGGCACAGUUAUGUGACAGCUGCCAGCCAGUGCCCAGAGGAGAAAGUAGACUGCACCAUAUCUGCCCCACCCAGGCUCACAUCCGCACCCACGUAUGUGUCUCUGUGAUUCUAACUGCUCCCUAGCAUCCCAUGGCUGAGCAGGAAUUGCCCAAUGGGGUCUGCCGCUCACCCACAGAGCCCCGAGGAGUAAACCAGACAGUUCUGUAUCCGCCCCUUGUGACUGACCUGGACAAUAAAGCAGAGCCUAGAAAACUGAGAUGGGAAAAGCCUGUGGCUUAGGGCCCCUUUUAUCCAACCCAGUCCAUGCCCCCCGCAGAGACUCUCCAGGGAGGGUCAUGCACAGCCUCUUGCCUCACAUAAAUAGUUUUGAGAAGCAGGAUCUCCAUUGUGGUACCCAUGUGAUUCACAAAGCCUUUCACAGCCAGGGGUGAUGUAGAAAGGCAGGGUUGGUGACUGGUUUCCAUUUGACAGGCAACCUCUACAUGGCUGGGGGUUUGCUAUUUAUAGCAAAGCUGGACUGGAAAUCUCAGGAGAACAUGCUUUUGGAGUCAGUUCCUCCUCCCUGGGAUUGUUUGCAGCUUCUGCCACCCCCCCACCCCCAUCCCAAAAAAGCAGCGCUCUCUCUCUCUCUCGCUGUUUUGGCGUGUAGUUUUGCACCCGUGGGGGUAGGGUGGACAUAAGAAGGACCCAGAGAAGGGGGAAGGCAGAAAAGAUGUUUGCAGCUCAAGUUUGACCAGAGCUGAGGCCUAGUGAAGGCCAGGAGGGAGCCACAGGAGCAGAGAAGGAAUUUGCACCAGUCCUGCCUAGCCCCUGUGAAAGGCUGGGGAGGGGAGCCGGGUGCUACGCGAUGGGGGGAGCAAGGAAGGAAUUGUGUUUCUGGUGCAGUACAGGGCUCAGGUCAGUUGCUGCAUCUAGACCCCUGACAUCACGGAGGAUGUGAAUUCCAGGCCAAACAAGCCGUUCAAAGCUGACAGUCACUGUCCUUUGGUGGUAGCAUUUAACCUUCCCAUACACCCAGCCCCGCCGCUGUCUUGGUGCAGGUUUUUGAACGUUCCAUUUUGUCCAAAAUAAAGGUGGGGGUGGGGAGGCUUUAAAUGCAUUGCUUCCAAGCUAAAAAAAAAAAAUAAAUCUUAUUUUCCAUUCUGUGCUUUGAAGGGUGCCCAUGACCUAGGGCAAAGGCCCCUCUCUCACUCCGCACAAAUGCUUUCUUUCAACCAAGGCAUCUUCCUAAAGCAGCUGGAGGGACACGCAGAACGCUGGAAAAUACUGACCUUGCUCUGCUCUCCUCUCUGCCAGGGCUAUUUGCACCCCCCCUUCCCGACUAUUGGGCACUGGCCUGGCCCACACAUUUCAUUCUCACUCUUGAACAGCAUUUGAGCCUCUUCCAGACUCUAUGCCACUUCUGAUUGCAUUGGACUUGCCCCCGGCCCAUGAAGUGUAGGAGGCUGUGGCAUAAUCUCCCAAGCAAAGUGGUGAAGGCCUUUCUAGCACAUUUCAUUUCCAAAGCACCUAAGCACCAUUCUUCCUUCCUCCCGCCCACCUGCGCUGUGUCACUAACCCUUGACAAACAGGGAAAAUGAGGCGGACGGUGAGUGGCUUGCUCAGUGUCACAAAGCAAUUGGGUGUAGCACUCUGAAACCGUGUGGGGCAGACAAACAAGGUGUCAUCAUAUUUCAUCUUUACUCUCCAUUAAUCUAUAAACGAACAGGACAAAACCCUCAUCAUUCAUCUCCCCUUUGUCUACAGGCAAAG